ACGUAAAAUCGUAGUAACGAGAGAUUGUAAAAUUAACCCCAGUUGCUAAACGUAAGACUUCGAAUACGACAUCUUCCAUUAAUUCACAUGAUAGCAUUUCUUUGAAUUGUCGACAAAUCAUCAUCAUUAACAUAAUCAAGAACUACUGCAGUCACAUGUAGUAGCGUGACCAUUGAGUAAAAUGCGUUAUCCAAUAGCUCUAGUAAUAGUAUUUGUAGUAGUUCCAUUCAUUCAUUCAUUCGAACAUUCAUUCAUUCAGUUGUUCCAAACUAUUCAUUCAUAGGUUUGUUCUUACGAUUAUAGUUGCAAGUAGGAAAGUAUGUGCCCAUAGCCUGUCUUAGCCAAAUUGCAGUUAUGGUGACGGAGUUGAAGGUGGUGGUGGUGGGUAUUGGAAGCGUGGGAUGGUUGGAUGGAAGUGGAAUUAGUGCUGUUAACGUUUCAUUUUGAAGAAUUGAAGUGUUGGUCCAAUUAACUGAUGGAAAUACAUGGACGGGGAAGGUAGUUUGGAUUAAGAAAAAUCAACCACGGGAGUAGCGUUUAAAUUAAUGAAGAGGGGCUGAUUAAAACAAAAGAAAUGCUGUUUUUAACUCCCGUUUUUGAUGAUAUCAGAUUAUUUUCUCCAUGUUGAUUAAUUAAAGCAAAAAAAAAAAACAAAAAAAAAGAAAACGAAAAACCUCUCUUUUGAUGUUGUUUAACACCAGGUUCUCUCUGAUCGAGGCAUUCCAACCGUGACCAUCCCAUAUAUUUGAGGAUUCUGAACAGUUCUAUAAAGAUAACCAUACAUAGAACAUGUGGCUAGCUGAGAUUUGAUCCAUUUCCACUGGUCUUGUGUCUCAGUUGUUACUGACUAAGAUAUGCUGCCACAUUGACCUGGUCAUUGUCAUUGGCUAAUUCCAGAAGUUCAGAAAUUUUUAUGCUGUUCUUUUAAAAAAAGAUGACUAAAUUGUUGAAGAGCUGCACAUGGAAAAUAGUGUCCUUUUUUGUUCUGUUACACCCUAUUGCAAUUUGUGGUAUCGAAACAACUAUCAAAGAGACAACAGCUAUCAACAACAGUACAACAUCUUUGGAUGCAGCCUAUGAUAUAUCCAAAUUAUCUCAAAGCAAGUAUGUGGCACAAACACCAUACAUACAGAACUACUCAAUAGCAUAUGCAGGUCAAUGUGGAGACUACUUUUUGGUGCCACCAAACUGUACUUAUGAAGUAUCAGUCAACUUUGGUAUUCAUGAACAAGAUCUUGGCAACCUCUACUGUGUUCUCACAUUCCUGGCACUCGGAGGGUCUAGGAGGAAGUUUUGCCUUAAUGUUACCAAAAUCCAUCUCACAGAAGACAUGGACAUCUAUGUUUUCGAAGGUGAAAAUAUGGAAUAUCCUGAACUCUACCAACAUAUUAUUCGGCACUUAACCAACAAAGAGGGACCACAGAUAUUCUGCACCAACACAAACACACUCAGUGUUCGGUUUGAGUACCCAAUCCUAAAAGGCAGUCUCUCUCCUGAUGUGGAAUUCAAAGUUAUACCAACAGAUGAUGUGGUACUCAUGAAAGGAAAUGACUGCUUCAAGAACUUUGAAAUGGACAAUCAAAGCUACUACCGAGUGGUAACCUGGCCAGACAGCACUGACCAUCAUGCAUCCUGGGGUGGUUGUUUCUUAACCUUUGUGCGUGAAUCAUCAGGAACAAUGUGUGUACAGUUUUUGAACUUCUACAUUGGAAAAGACAGCAAUGACGUCAGCCUUACAUUUUUGGUAGGAGAUAACAUCCCGAUGAUGUCACUGAAUGUCAACAGCAGUUUUCCAAAUGCCACUUUUUGUACACCUACCAAGCUUCUUUUUGUUGAAUUACGUCAAAAGGUUACAUUUGUUAAGCAGUUAAGAGACUACAAUUUUGUGUUUCUUGUCACUGCCGAAACCCUUGAAAAUGGCUCCCAGACAAGUUGGAGUGUAUCAACAUUACUAUUGAUAAGCGUUGCUGUUAUUUUAAACUUUUACCUAAAUGGCUGUGAGGAACGUUAACUUUUAUCAAAAUUAACUCAAGGAAACUGGAAGAAACAUCAUCUCCUGUAUAUUUUUUGUCUAUAAUAAAUUCAUUACAGUAUC